GCAGGCUACAUGACCUCCUCCUACAGUAGUGAUACUCGACACUAACUUGGUCCCAUUUUAUCAACAACUUUUGAGUUAUAUGGCUCCAGCAGGCAUGAACUGUGAAAGGAAUUACGUCCUGUGAGCUGUUUUUUGUAGGUUUAACUGUUCAGGACAAGCAGUUUGGGAAACUUUUGCACUUCACUUUCAUCUGCACUUUAAUCGUCAAGCAUUCCUCUUUGUUGCAGAAACAGAUGCCUCUUCCUGUUCACAGUUGGGAUCUUCUUCUCAACAAACCCUGACUGAAUUUGGGAAACCAUACCACCUCGUCAUCAUGUCCUGUGAUGAAGACCCCUACAUCUUCUCCACUGACACUCUACCCAGCGACCGCCGCUUCCUCCCUCCACUUGCCAAUGGCCUUCUGGGAUGGAGGGUGUACAACAGAAUCAUGCACAUGGGUGGUGUGUAUAAUGGGGAGGGUGGACGUUGUCACCGGGCAGAUGUCCCCUGUCCUCACGCUGUGACAGUUGAGAUUGACGAAGCAGGCCAGCACACCUACAGUCUGGACACUCACACAGGCAUCUUUACCCACACUCUGAGCUCAGCCAGUGUCACUGUGUCACAGUCUCUGUACUCACACCGACACUACUCCAACCUGAUGGUGAUGGAGAUAAUGCUGGUGCGUCAGGUGACUUCAGAGGAGCCAAUCAGUGUCAGGCUGGACAGUUCAUUCACGCCUGAGAGCAAAGAUAUCGUUUUCGAGGCUGGUCCUGAUUACAAAGGAGGAAGUCACAUCCAAGGACAGGUGACUGCUGCUGAGUUUCCAGGAGGUUUGUGUCCCUCAGUUCACCUUAUCUGGACCCCCAUACCCUCCACUCUGACACUGCUUCCAGAGCAGAGCCAGGCUCGCUGGGGCUUCAUCCUGAUUGCGGCCAACAGUUUGGAAAGUGCUGAGGCCAGCUUUGAUGAGGGCCUUAAUCUGAUGUCGAGUGGUAACCUGCGUCCAUCUCAUGAGAAUGCCUGGAAAGAACUUUGGCUGCAGAGCAAGGUGGAGGUGCAGGGGUUAGAGAACCUCGGCAAGGCUGUGAUUGGCUGCAUGUUUUACCUCCUUAGUGCCUUCCCCUCCAUACAUGACACCUCCAGCUCUUUUGGUGGAGUCAGUCCAGGCGGGCUGUCUAAUGGUGGGGAUGGUCAGGACUACUGGGGCCAUGUUUUCUGGGACCAGGACAUCUGGAUGUACCCUGGCAUAGCCCUUUUCUAUCCCAAGCUAGCCCGAGCUGUGCUGGAGUACAGGGUGGGGACUAUAGAUGGUGCAAAAGACAACGCCCAAAAGCAGGGCUUCAAGGGACUGAAGUUUGCCUGGGAGAGCGCUGUGUCAGGGAGGGAAGUGUGUGGAGUGGACAUUUAUGGACAACAAGAGAUUCACAUAAAUGGAGACGUCACCCUGGCCUUCCAAACCUACCUCUACCUCACCGAGGAUCUGACCAUGUUCACAGACGGCCGGGGCAGAGAGGUGAUAUACGGUGUGGCUGAUUACUGGGUCUCCAGAGCAUCCUGGAACCCAGAGGACCAGAAGUAUCAUAUCUUAGGUGUCAUGCCACCUGAUGAGUACUAUUACAAUGUCAACAACUCUGUGUACACAAACACAGUGGCUAAAUCCAGUCUCCAGUUUGCUGUAGAAUUGGCUGAAAGCCUCCAACAUCCUGCGCCAAAGGAAUGGAAGGAAGUGGCAGAUAGCCUCAAAAUACCCUUUGACCAAGAAUCCCAGUACCAUCCUGAGUAUGACGGCUACAUCAAAGGUAAUCCAGUGAAGCAGGCAGACACAGUGAUGUUGAGCUAUCCUCUCUGAUUGCAAAUGACCCCAGAGGUCAGGAGGAAUGACCUUGAAGCGUACGAGCCAGUAACAGACCCUCAUGGCCCGGCCAUGACAUGGGGUAUGUUUGCGAUCGGCUGGCUAGAGCUGGGAGAGGCUGAGAAAGCUCAAAUUUUACUCGAGAAGUGCUUCAAAAACAUCCAAGGACCGUUCCAGGUAUGGAGUGAAUCAUCAGAUGGCUCUGGUGCGGUUAACUUUCUCACAGGGAUGGGAGGAUUCCUGCAAGCUGUGUUGUUUGGUUACACUGGCUUCAGAGUUCAGAAGGAAUGUCUGGCCUUUUCUCCGCUUCUUCCCAACAACAUUUCUGAGCUCUGCAUCCGUGGUGUGAACUACCUGGGCAGUCAGAUGGACUGGCUGCUCAGGAAAGAGGAAGUUUGUAUCAUACUCAGGGAAAAGGCAGACAGUGCUGGCAACACCUCAGAUCUGCAGGUUGUCCUGAAGGCAUCAGGGACGAAAAUCCCUCUCACACCAGGGAAUCCGGUAACCUUUCCCCGAGAGCCUGGAUAUGUUUGUAAAGUGGCUUCCAUGUUUUCCUGUUGGCCUCUUUGAAGCAGCGACCACGACCCUCCUAAUCAUUACAUUUACCCACAAUUAAUAACAUGUAGCACAGUUAUUUUAUACCUAAGCCAGUGUUACGUUGUACUGUAGCCUGCUGCUCAGCAAUCACUCACAAAAUGUAGGAUAUUCUUAUAGUAUUAGUACUGUAAUAUGCCAUGUAACAAAACCAGUAACCAAUCGUAUGGUAAUGAAAUACAUUCAAAUAAAAGUCUUAACAUUUUUUGCAAA